ACGGAAGGAAAUUGUUCAGAUGCAACCUCGAAGGCACAUUUCUCAAACGACUCAUGUUCAAGUGAUGACUCAGAAAACAGUCAAGAAUACGCCAUCAUCGAAACUCCCGAAAAAAGGAAAUGUCCUGGUCCCGCGAACGAUGAUCGCCAGACAUGUGCACUCCCUGUAGCCUCCCCGCAGACGUCCUUUGGGGUUCGUUUGUCACGCAUUCAUUUCUCUCUGCGGGGAGGCUACACUCCCUGAGGACGGACUUCAAAUGGACCCCAAUGAUAGUGGCGACCCCUGCUUUGAAAGAGUUUGUGAAGAGGAGUUUAGUGACAUCGCAGAUGACCGUUAUGAAAGCCCAGAUAGUGCACCAGGUAGCGUCAGCAGCAGUGAAUGCAUCUCUGAAGAAAUGAUAUCAGAAGACAUCGGUGAUGACAGCGAGCCAGACGAUUCCCCAAAGAAUGAACGUGAAAGUUCCAUCUAUCAAGGUUCGACUUUCACUAAAGGCAAUUUUGAUGCACUGUUGUUAGCCUUCUUUAAAAAAACAUCAUAUUUCAGAAUCUGCAAAGGAAGACUUGUUGAAGUUGUUAGAACUAACUUUGCCCGAUGGCAACAAUACAGCUACCUCUUCCUACAUGUUUAACAAGAGACACAGAGACUGUUUACUCUCGUACAGUCUUAUUGAGUUCUGCCCGAAAUGCCACGAGAAAGUCGAAAAGGAAUUGUGUAACAACGACGAUUGUGAAGAUAAA